AUCAUCUUAAUUAAUCAUUCUAAUUAGGCUUAAGUCCUUCACUUAAUUCCUAGCUAAGAAUUAAGACAAAAUGAGAAGUCAAUUAGUACUAACUUGUCUUGUUUUUCUAUGUCUUGUUCUUGGUGGAGUUACUGGGGGUGCAGCUAAGGUACCACGCAAGAACUUCUAUAAGAGUACUCGUUGUCCAAAUGCUGAACAACUUAUUAGAGAUAUCACUUGGAGCAAAGCUAAAAAUGAUGCUACCUUGGGUGCUAAAUUACUUCGAGUUCACUAUCAUGAUUGUUUUGUUAGGGGGUGUGAUGCAUCCAUAUUGCUAGACAAAGUGGGAACAGUUGAUUCAGAGAAGGAGGCUAGGCCAAAUCUCUCUUUGGCUGGUUUCGAGGUGAUUGAUGAUAUCAAGAAACAAGUUGAGGCUAAAUGUCCUGGCAUUGUUUCUUGUGCUGAUAUUUUAGCUUUAUCUGCUCGUGAUGCUGUUUCUUUUCCGUUUAAGACUUCAAUGUGGGAAGUGGACACCGGAAGAAAAGAUGGGAAUAUUUCCCUUGCUAGUGAUGUGAAUGGAAACUUACCUUCACCAUUCUCAGAUUUUGCAACCCUUAAACAAAUCUUUUCAAACAAAGGCCUAAAUGUCGAUGAUCUCGUUGCGUUAUCAGGUGCUCACACAAUUGGUGUGUCUCAUUGUGGAGCAUUCUCAAGGAGACUCUUCAAUUUCACUGGCAAAGGUGAUAUGGAUCCAAGUCUUAAUGCUACUUAUGCUGAAUCAUUGAAGAAAUUGUGCCCAAAUCCAGCCAAUCCAAAUACUACUGUGGAAAUGGACCCUUUGAGUUCAACUUCUUUUGAUAGCAAUUAUUUCAACAUUCUUAUUAAUCAAAACAAAGGGUUGUUCCAAUCAGAUGCAGCACUUCUCAAUGACAAAGAUUCAGUAAUUGUCAUCAAGAAAUUACAAAAAGACAAGACUUUCUUUGUUGAGUUUGCAAAAUCCAUGCAGAAAAUGGGAGCCAUUCAACUUCUUACAGGAAAUGCUGGAGAAAUCAGGAAGAAUUGUCGCGUUAAAAACUAAUUCUAGUAAAAAAAAAAAAAGAAAACUAUGAUUAUAUCAUAUGUACGUUGUCACAAAAAAGUGUACGACUUAUAUGAUCUCUUUUAUUUAUUAUGUUAUAGUAAUUGUUUAUGUGGUGUAACAAAUUAGGUUUACAAAUUUGUGUUGUUAUUGUUUGAACAAGAAAAUUGUGGCAAUAAAUUUAUAUGUGUUCAACUCUUUGAAA